AUGGCUCUGGUACAGGCACUUCCUGUCACUGUGACUGACCACCCCAACCCAGGUCUCGACGUCCAGCAGUGCCGGCCACUAUCGUCCCACUCCCCCUCCGGCCCCUGCCCUGGACCCUGUGGUCCCUGCAGCUCUGGGACAGCCAUGGGGUCAGUUAGCAGCCUCAUAUCAGGCCGGACAUACCAAGAGAGACACUGCCGGGCUGCAAGCGAGUUCACCGCCAAGGCACGCCGCUCCACUCCAGCCACCAGCUGCUUCCGGCUUCAGGAUAACACCCUCCGUAGUACAAGCUCCCUGGAGCAGCUGCUGGUUAUCAGCAACCAAACGCUCCCCCAGGCCCAGGUUCUACCUCCACCGCUGCCCACCAAGAAGCAGCCCAGGCCGGGCAACUCUGCUGGGGCAGGCGGUGGCGGUGGUGGAGCAGUUACAGGUGCUGUAGGUGGUGUUGGUGUCUCAAAUGGGAACUUUGUGCAUGUGAGUGAUGAGGUGGUCGCUGGAGACUGGAAAGAGAACCAGGCGCUAACAGCUGCAAGCCCCUGCAGUGACUCUGAGGACCAAAGGGACAACAGGGCUAUGAACGGCAACAUUGGAGGGCCGCCUCCCAAACUCAUCCCAGUGUCUGGACAGCUGGAGAAGGUGAGAGGGGAAGCCAGGUCGACAGAGCUCAAGGCUUUUUGUAGAUACAGUGUCUUAUAAAAGGAGAUUUGAUAUCAUCUGUUCCUUCUAGUCCUCAUUCAGAGAACUUAUGUAUUUAUAGGUAAUGAGUUAAAUCCUUUUUAUUGUUUUAUUUUUAAAGUUAUAGUUUGAUGGGUUUUUGCGCUUAAACACAUGCCCUGUAUACUUUAUAAAUUGUCUUUACUGCUGGGAUUUUUAUGUGUGAAGCGUUGCCUGAUAGCACUACAUCUGGGUUUGCUGGUUUAAUGAUGAAUUACCAAGAAUAGUUUAAUGUUUGCAGCUUUAUUACCUCAGUGGUAGCAUAAGAGAAUAACUUUUAAUGCGAGCAUCUGUUUUGGAGCAGUGAAGCGUUGGUAUUAAGUCAAAAAAGGGCAUCUGCUCUGAGUGCAUGAACUGGGUGAUUCCUCCUUAAAGGUUUUAGUUCAGGCUUUCACAGUAAUGUUAUUGGUAAUUUAACAUCUCUACAAAUUAGUAUCAACACUAAAUGUACAGGGAGGACAAACUAAAUUAAUGCAAUUUGAAAAUGUGUCCUGAUAAUUAUGUUUUCCCACAGGAGUGCAAAAAACUUUUCACACUUAAAAUUCUGUAUAUUUAUGACUUCAUCCACAUCACAGACUCUUAACACCUCACCCACAAAGUCUAUGAGAUGUGACUUUAAUCUCCCCAAAAGAAGUAAAAAAGUAAAAGUACUCAAUAAUAUGUAUUAGAAUCAAAACUUGUAUAUUUAUCAGGCCCUAAAAGUACUGUUGCUUUUAGCUGAUAUUUAUAUGUUUAAUGUGAUAAUCAUGUUGUGAAGUGGGUUGAUAUGGAAGGUGUAAACAAUGACUUAGUGGAAGUGUGAAAGUACCCUUGAGCGUGUUGAAUCCCCACCACCAUUAUCACCUUAAGAUAUUUAUAGGUAAAUGUCUACUUCAAUUAAAGCCUGGUGCAACAUAGAUGACAUGUAAUAUCAAAACAAAGACUCUUCUAAGACUCAACACUCAACACAUGAGCCUCCCUGCAGCACGUGCUCAUGUGUUUUACAGUAGAUCGCCUCAGCUGCCUAAUUGGCUAUUUAUUAUCAUCGAUCUGCAGGGACCUUCAUCAGCGGCCCGACAGGCUCACAUGAACCGUUUGACAGCUCCUCACCUCACACAGACAUCAUGAUCAAUACCAGAGCUCACUUUCAUUCAGUGACAUAAUCAUUAGAAAUUGAGGGAGGUUGAGAAAAAUGCUAACAUAACAUGAGAGACGCUUUCACCUCCUCCAUCCUCCUUCUAGCUCCUCCUCUCCCUCUUCUUCUUCCUCUUGUUUCUCUGUCCUUUAAUCAGAUUUCCUCUGUCCUCUCCUCUUUCACUGUCCCCCUCUCUUGGCUGGCCCUGUUUGUCAGAUGAUAGGAAAAUCAUUAAGAAAAUUGCUUAAUGAAGCCCAUGAAUAUCAAUUAAACCAAAUUAAACUGAUCAGAGCCUGGAGGGUUGACCUGCCAGCAUAUCACUCACCCUUUACUAAUGAGUUUUAUUCAGCCAUUGCUAAUUAGCACAGCUUUACUUUUAUCAAUCACUUAUGCUUUUGAAAUUCUCUACUUUUCAGAACAUGGAGAAAGUGCUGAUCCGUCCUACCGCAUUCAAACCUGUUGUCCCCAAGAACCGUCACUCUGUGCACUACCUAUCACCCCGGCCAGGGGGCAGCAGUCUAUCAGAGAGCCAGGCCAGCCUCAACCUCCUGCUGCCCCUCGGAGGGUCCAACAGCUCCAGCGGCACAAACGGCAACGCGGGGAGCUGCAGUUCAGGCUCUGAAGGGAAGCGGAACUCCUACAGUGGAGGGCGAAACGCUCGGGGCAGCCAGUCCUGCUCCAUGUCAGAUUCAGGGAGGAACUCCCUCUCCAGUCUCCCCACUCACAGCAGCACAGGCUACAGUCUGGCCCCCAGCGAGGGCUCCAGCUCCGGGUCUGGCACCGGGGGCCAGCUGGAACCCAUUUCUAGUCUGGGUCGGAACACUUCAGGUGGGAGUGGGAGCCAUAAUCACACUAAUUCAGACAGUGGACGUUCCUCAUCCAGUAAGAGCACAGGCUCAGGGUCGCUCAGUGGGCGCGGGCAGCCCCUGUCCGAUAGCGGGUCCUGUGGCCACUCGCCUCCACCUGUGGAAGGUUACGAGGCGGUGGUGAGGGAGCUUGAGGAGAAACUGAGAGAGCGAGACCUUGAGCUGCAGCAGCUCCGGGAAAACCUGGAUGAGAAUGAAGCUGCCAUUUGCCAGGUGAGACGUUUAGACACUCAGCUGACCAAACCUUCCUGUUAAACACCCAAAUAAAAAACCUGAUAAGGUGUAGGUAUGACUGAAACACUCACCCUUGUCUUUGGCUCUGAAAGGUGUACGAGGAGAAGCAGCGCCGCUGUGAAAGAGAGAUGGAGGAGUUAAGACAAAGCUGUUCAGCAAAGAUGAAGCAGGCUUCUCAGAAGGCCCAGAGGGCACAGCAGGUGCUACAGUUACAGGUACGGCAAACAAGGAAAAACUGUUCCAAGAUCUUUGAAGAAACAGAGACUUCUGAUAAAAAAGAAAAGCACUUUUAGAACUGCAAGAGUUUGUCUUUUUUCCCUAAAAAUUGGCUGACCUAGUUGGACCGUUAGUCUCAUGCUUUAGGUGUGAGUCUUUCAUUUCUUUCUCUGAAGAUGUUGCAGAUCAAAUCAGUUAUUUUGGUGUGUUAAGAGCUCAUACUAAACAAGUGUGUGUGUCUUCACAGGUGUUUCAACUACAGCAGGAGAAAAAGAAGCUGCAGGAGGAUGUCUCCUCUCUGUUGCAGGACAGAGAGACGCUGGAGAGGAGGUGUGCCAGCAUCCAGAGAGAGCAGACUCAGCUGGGGCCGCGACUGGAGGAGACAAAAUGGGAGGUGAGAGUCAGACACUGGAAAGGUGUCAGGCAAUUAGAGGUGUAGACUGUGAUGUGAUUAGAUCUGCAUAAUGUGGAGGAUUUCCACUUCUCUCCACUGAUGACUCACUAACAAAGAAUAAAUUACUCCCAAAAGGAAGCUGUUAAAACACCUUUAAUUAGACCAGAUUAAUCUAAUUAAAGCUUAUCGGCAUUUGAAGUUUAUCCAUCAGGAACAAAGAGUUUUGAAAUGUCUGGUUGCAAACUCUCCCUCAAGACAAUGUGCUCUGCAGCUUUCCUGGGUUUUCACUUUUCUCUCUGGCUUUCUGUCUGAUCCCUUCAGGUUUGUCAAAAGUCAGGUGAGAUUUCCCUCCUGAAGCAGCAGCUGAAGGAGAUCCAAUCAGAGCUCAGCCAGAAAGCAGGAGACAUCGUGGUGCUUAAGGCUCAGCUGAGAGAGGCCCGGUCUGAACUGCAGGCCAGCCAGGUUCGAUCCCAGGAGGCCGCGGCGGCCCUGAGGACGCGAUCUCUGGAGCUGGAAGUCUGUGAGAAUGAACUCCAGAGGCGCAAGAGCGAAGCAGAGCUGCUCCGGGAGAAAGUGGGCCGUUUGGAAGAGGAGUCUGCUCGUCUUCGGGACACUCUGUCCAGUCACAGUGGACACAUACCUGGAAAUGCAACCAUGAAAGGCCAGUGCAUGAGUCUUACCCUUCAGCAGGGUAGAAAAAUGGGAGGAAGAGGAGGUCCCAGUCCCUGCGUGUACCGCGAUGGGGAGGAGAGUCAUCUGGUGUGGGGUGGAGAGAGUGAUGAAGCAAAGGCUCAGAGGCAGAAUGCAGAGACAGUGCUGGGACUCAGACAACAGGUACUAGUUUAUUUAUUACCUCUUCUGCAGGUUUAAGCCUUAGACAGUAACAACAUGCAUAAAAUACUUGUACUUUUUAAUGCAAAACAUUUGUUGCACGACAUGUUCAACUCAAAAAAUAGUUUCUAGUUGUUUAAAAUUUGUUUUUUCUGUUUUGAUUUCAAAAUGUUGAACCAUAUAUGUAAGACAGGAUAGCAACAUUAACAUUGAACAUUUCUGUGCACAGAUACCUUUAAAAACCUUCACUUUUGCUUUACUUUUCAUAAAACUUUAGUAGCCAGAUGUCCUUCAACCGAAUUCAAAAAAUUCCAGUUUUAUUACAUUUCUUGUUCCUGUUGUUUCUCAGGUGGACAGACUGAAGGCUGAGCUCAUGUACGAGAGAAGAACGGGUGAGGAGCAACUUUCGCACUUCGAGGGCGAGAGGAGAGUGUGGCAGGAGGAAAAGGAGAAGGUAAAAGAAAGAAAGAAGAAUAUUUAACUUCUCAAAGUCAAAAUAACAAAAGAAAGGGUAGCAACAAAAAUACUGCAAAACAUAUCCUUAUCCCUCUCUUUCUUACCUCCACUUAAGGAAGGUGUCUUUGCUAAACUGUCAGCAGUGUGUUUGCAUCUUCACUCCAUUGAACCAGACCUUGUAAAGAGUUAAAGUUUAUUUGAAAGUGAGAGCUAAAUUCUUUCCAAAUGACAGAGUUUUACAAUUUCUUCUUGCAGUCAUGUAACAGGUGGGGGCUGUGCUUUUUUUUCAAACACACACGAUCGUUUUUUCUAUUUUUGUGCACAAUACCAAGAUAUAUGUGUGGAUAUAAGUGGUGCAGUAUUACUUAGCUGUGUUCAGUCUCUCUCGUGUUGUUUUUCUCACUACAUCUCACACAAACUUCUAGGUCUGGGUUAUCAAACUGUUUUUUUAAUCUUCCAGUGUUUUUACUUAUUAGCUGUACCCUUCUCUUUCCAGGUAAUCCGCUACCAGAAACAGCUGCAGCAGAACUACAUCCAGAUGUACCGCCGGAACCGGGAUCUUGAGCGGGUGAUGAGGGAGCUGAGUCUGGAGCUGGAAAACAGGGACAUGGAGGAGUACGAGGUCCACAGUGGCAGCAACGACAUCCACUUUGAGGAAAUCACCGCCACUGAGAUUUAA